AUUUUCUCUGUAGGAGAGAGAGAGACGCCAAAAAAGGAGUACAAUAGGCAGAUUCCCCAUCCAAGGGCAGCCAAAACAGAAACCAGAACGAAUAAGCAGAAAAAACCAGAGGGAGAGUGGAGAGAUGGUAAAUCAAUAAUUCCGCCCGCCGCUUCGUUAACCUUGUUCGCCCGCACAACUCAUCGCUCUCUGUUUUCUUGCUUCCUUCCUUUCUACUGACCCACAAACCCGAAGUUUCCACUUUGGAAUUUCCUCCUCUCGCUCCUUCCUUUCCUUCCUUCUUGCGUAAUCAAUCAUUAAUUUAAUAUAAAGGAGAGGGAUAAGGGCGAGGUUAAGGCAUCGCCCAACAAAAAAAAAAUCGCCUUUUCCUCAAUUGUAUGAAAAUGUCGCCUGUGCCGCUCCUAUUGUUUUUCUCGGCGUUCACGAGGAGUGUGUCUAUCUGACCCAGACGACUUUUCCCCCAAAUUUUCUGGCUCUUCAGCUCACCUGCUCUUCUUGUUUUCCCCUGAUCAAGGUUUUAUUAUGGGUGUCGUUGUCGUUUCCGGCGGGUCUACUGGCGGGCCUGCUGCCGCCGCCGGCGGCGGCGGUGGAGGGAAUGGUGGGUCGGCGGCAGGGAGCUGUUGUGAUGUGAGUUUGAAGUGUUGGUGUAAAUGGAGGUGGGGGGACCACCAGCAGCACCUGUUGCCUCACAAGGUUUUUUCAGUUUUCUCUUCUGGGUUCCUCUUCUUGCUCGGCUGCUUGAUCGUCUACGGCUUGAUUGGGGUGAUCUAUGGCUGGCUCCUCUUCAAUAAGCCUUAUGUCGGUAAUGGUGUGAUGGGUUUGAACUCUUUUGGUUGCUUGGAAGAUGGUGAAGGUUCUUGGUCAGUUGGGGUUUUCUAUGGCGACUCGCCUUUCUCCCUCAAGCCAAUUGAAGCUGCCAACUUGUGGAAGAAUGAGAGCAAGGCAUGGCCAGUAGCUAACCCAGUUGUCACCUGUGCCUCAGUCUCAGAUGCUGGCUUCCCCAGUAACUUUGUUGCUGAUCCAUUUCUCUAUCUGCAGGGUGACACACUUUUUCUUUUCUAUGAAACAAAGAAUCCACUUACCAUGCAAGGAGAUAUUGGUGUUGCAAAGAGUACAGAUAAGGGGGCGACAUGGAAACAGUUGGGAAUUGCCUUGGACGAGGAUUGGCACCUCUCAUUUCCUUAUGUGUUUGAUUAUCAUGGGCAAGUAUAUAUGAUACCAGAGAGCAGCAUGAAGGGAGAACUUCGUCUCUAUCGAGCACUUGAAUUUCCACUGCAGUGGACACUGGAGAAGAUCCUCAUAAAAAAGCCUUUAGUCGAUUCUACCAUCAUUAAUUACGAAGGACACUAUUGGCUUUUUGGUUCUGAUCACAGUGGUUUUGGGACAAAGAAGAAUGGACAACUGGAAAUCUGGCACAGUAGCUCGCCUCUGGGUCCUUGGAAACCACACAAGAAGAAUCCCAUCUAUAACAUUGACAAGAGUAUGGGGGCAAGAAAUGGCGGCAGACCAUUUGUGUAUAAUGGAAACCUCUAUCGCUUUGGUCAAGACUGUGGUGAAACCUAUGGGAGACGAGUACGGGCCUUCAAGGUGGAAAUUCUUAGCAAGGAUGCUUAUAAAGAAGUCGAGGUGCCCUUGGGCUUUGAGGAGCCCACAAAGGGGCGAAAUGCUUGGAAUGGUGCUCGACACCAUCACCUUGAUGUUCAGCAGCUCAGUUCUGGGGAAUGGAUUGGGGUAAUGGAUGGAGAUAGGGUACCAUCUGGAGACCCAAGUCAUCGUUUUAUGGUAGGCUGUGCAUCGCUUGGAGCUGCUGCUGCAGUGGUCAUUGUGUUAGGCUUGCUACUUGGAGCAGUUAAAUGUCUCAUUCCACUUAAUUGGUGUGCUCACUAUUCAGGGAAGAGAAGCGAUGCACUUUUGGUCUGGGAAAGGUCGAAUUUGUUCUCCUCAAGGGCGAGGCGGUUUUGCAGUCGUGUCAACAGAGUACCUAUCUCUAUUCGAGGUAAGGUAAAGUACAACACUUGGGCUGGAAGGUUGGUUCUGGCUGUGUUAUUUCUAGUUGGUGCUGCAUUAAUGUGCACAGGUGUUAAGAAUGUCUAUGGUGGCAAUGGAGCUGAAGAAGCUUACCCGUUAAAUGGUUACUAUUCUCAGUUCACUUUAUUAACCAUGACAUAUGAUGCUCGGUUAUGGAACUUGAAGAUGUAUGUGAAGCAUUACUCGAGGUGUUCUUCAGUGAAAGAGAUUGUUGUGGUUUGGAACAAAGGGAUCCCUCCUAAGGCAAGUGACCUGGACUCUGCAGUGCCCGUUAGGAUCAGGGUAGAGAAGGAGAACUCUCUAAAUAACCGUUUCAAGAAGGAUGAAAUGAUAAAAACACGAGGCGUGCUUGAGCUUGAUGACGAUAUUAUGAUGACGUGUGAUGAUGUUGAACGUGGCUUCAACGUUUGGCGCCAACAUCCUGAUCGGAUUGUCGGUUUCUAUCCUCGUCUCAUCAGUGGGAAUCCUCUCAAGUACAGGGCUGAAAAAUAUGCUAGGAGUCACAAAGGUUACAACAUGAUACUUACUGGGGCAGCCUUCGUAGAUAGCACGAUAGCUUUCGGAAGGUACUGGGGUGAGCAGGCCAAGGCAGGGAGGGAGCUGGUGGACAGGUAUUUCAACUGUGAGGAUGUGUUGUUGAAUUACCUGUAUGCCAAUGCUAGCUCAACAAAGACUGUGGAAUACGUGAGACCGGCAUGGGCGAUAGAUACAUCCAAGUUCUCUGGUGCUGCUAUCAGCAAGAACACACAAGUUCACUAUGGGAUUAGGAGUAGAUGCCUCAUGAGGUUUACUCAGAUGUAUGGGAGUUUAUCAGAUCGCAAGUGGGAAUUCGAUGGGAGGAAAGACGGUUGGGAUUUAUAGCAAGCCUUUGGUAAAUUCUUGGUAAUUACAGUUUCUGCAGCUGUUCAGCCCUGUCUGGUGAAGAUUUCUCGUCUGGGCGGGGGUGGAUGUUAGCGUCGACAUACAUGGGUAGGUUUCGCAACAUGUAUAUUGGCUUUUUCACCAUAGUUUCUUGAGAGUUGAUGUAGAAUAGCGUCUUCUUCUUGGUUUUGACCCUUUUUCAGAAAGCUGAGUGUGUAAAAUAGAGAUGCAGAGUGAAUUUGUUGUUUGCAGUCAUUGUUUCAGAAAGUUGUAUGGUUGGUUGUUGCUGGAAGGAUUCUCCCUCUCCAAUCUUCAUGUACAUCUGCUCUUCCAGGAUAGUGUAGGUAGGAAAUGUGGUUCCCUGAUGCUCUGUUUCCUCUUUAUUUUUGGACAAUGACCAAACUUCCUCAUCUAGUAGUUUCAUGAAAUUCCAAAAUUUACAACUGAAAAAUGAAUCCUUUUUGCAUCCAAUACACAC